UUUACCGUUGACUGACCCAUUUUUCAUCUUCAUAAUCUCGUCCUUUCUCUGCAACCUCCCGAUUUGCAUCAUUUUUCCCGACCACUCAACAAUGAAUAUUCUAUUCCUUCUCCAACCCAAUUUGUUUUGUGUUCUUUUUUCUAGCUUGAUUGUCUUGUGAUCCUGAUUGAGUCUAAGCGGGAACUGUUAUAAUUGUAUAUCUCUUCCCCGGAGAUGAGCGUUUUCGUAGCUAAAUGGUUUAUGAUUUGGCUUUUAUUCAUUGGCUUGUUUUCAUUACCUACGGCGAGUUGUUCACUUACUUCUAGGAAUCUUAAAUGCAAUAAAAGAGAUAUGAAAGUACUAGUGGAUUUCUAUAAUGGGUUGAAAUUAUUAGAUUUGGAUUCAAGCGGGAUUGCUGAUUGGGAUGUGAAUUCCUCUGCUUCUAAUUGCUGCAAUUGGGUUGGAAUAACAUGCAAAUCAUCUUGGUCACUUGGAUUGAAUGAUUCUUCUGAAGAUGAUUCAGGUAGGGUGGUGACAUUUGAAGUUACAGGAAGAAGUUUAGUUGGGAAAUUGCCAAUGUCUUUGGGCAACUUGGAUCAGCUCAGGGAACUCAACCUUUCCAGAAAUUUCCUGACAGGUUCGAUUCCUUCAACGUUGUUACAUCUGUCUAGAUUAGAGGUUUUAGACUUGAGUUAUAAUCAGUUUACCGGGCUGUUUCCAGUGAUCAUAAUAAGCCUUCCUUCUCUUCGAGUUUUCAAAAUUAAUGAUAACCAAUUCUCCGGAAAUCUCAGUGACAACAUUGGGAACCUUUCCAGUCUUGUCCAACUUGACAUUUCUAGGAACAACUUUUCAGGAAAGUUGCCAAAUGUUUUCCAUAGUUUGAGUAUGUUGAGUAAUUUUGCUGCUCAAUCAAAUAACUUCACUGGCAGCAUACCUGAGUCUUUGGGUAGUUCCCCAACUCUAACUGUUCUUGAUUUGAGAAACAAUUCGUUGGGUGAUACAUUAGAUCUUGAUUGUACUGCAAUGUUGAAUCUUGUUUCACUUGACUUGGGUAGUAAUCAGUUUCGUGGGUCCAUCCCGGAGAAUCUUCCCAAGUGUCAACGUUUGAAAAGAUUAAAUCUUGCCAAAAACCAUUUUGAUGGACAAAUUCCAGAAAGCUUCAAGAAUUUUCAGUCUCUUUCUUACCUUUCUCUUUCCAACACCAGCAUUUACAAUUUGUCAUCUGCACUGGCCACUUUACAGCAUUGUAGGAACUUGACCAGUUUGGUUCUUACUUUGAAUUUUUGGGAUGAACCAAUUCCAUCGGAUUCUGCUCUGCGUUUCAGUGAGCUUAAAGCUCUUGUCAUUGCAAAUUGUAGACUCAUAGGAACACUUCCUCUGUGGUUAAGCAAUUCAAACAAGUUGCAGGUGUUGGAUUUGUCGUGGAAUCGGCUUGAAGGGGAAAUUCCAUCAUGGUUUGGUGGUUUUAAGUUUCUGUUUUACUUGUCCUUGUCCAAUAAUUCCUUCUCAGGGGAGAUUCCAGUAGAACUUACUCAAUUAGAGAGUCUUGUUCAUGGAAAGAAUUUUCCAGAUGACCCAUAUCUUCAUUUCCCCAUAAACUUCAAGAAGAGUGUCACAUCCAAGGGAUUGCAGUAUAAUCAAAUUUCUAGCCUUCCACCCUCAUUAGACCUUGGAAACAACUUCUUUACCGGACCCAUUUGGCCGGAGUUUGGAAAUCUGAAGUAUUUAAUCUUCUUGAAUCUGAAAUGCAACAAUUUAUCCGGCGCUAUUCCCAGCGAUUUGUCGAGUAUGAGGAACCUGGAAACGUUGGACUUGUCUUAUAACAACCUGUCUGGAACAAUACCACCUUCUCUAACAAACCUAAACUUUUUAUCAAUGUUUAGUGUUGCAUACAAUAAACUCUCAGGGGUUAUCCCCACUGGAGGUCAGUUUGAAACAUUCCCAAGUUCAAGCUUCAUAGGGAACCAGGAUCUUUGUGGUGUUUGUAGUUCUCCUUGUCCUGAGAGCAGCCAACUUCGCCACGCGGCGUUUUGGAAUGAUGAAACAUCAAGGAGUAUAAUAAAAUCUGAAUGGCUGUGGGGAUUCUGCUUGGGAUUAUUUUCAUCCUUGCUUUCGUGUUGGUGGUGGUUGUUCUAAUCUCGGGUAAAGAAAGUCUUCCCUUCCAAAAAGGAUUCAUCAGAAUCUGGUUCCAAAAUGAGUGAUCCAGUUCAAAACAAGGUUACAAAUGACACGAUCAUUCUACCAACAACAAUUUUGAUCAUCCGCGCUCUUUGGUUCCAAGGAAUUUGAAGCCGAAGCCAAAUAAGCAAUGCUCUCGAAGGCAAAGCAUCCCAAUAUAGUGCUAUUGUAUGGAUAUAUAUAUAUAUAUAUACAUAUGUAAUCUAUUUUUGGCAUAUUGUGAAAAGAGACAAACAAGCUGUUGCAGGCAUUAUAAUGUCUGGGAAAAGAAAGUAGCAAAUCCUACCAACAUGAAAUGCAAAAUGCCA